CCGCGAGAUUUAAAAUAGAACUCGCGACGGACUUUUUUAACAGCUUUGAGACUACAGCCCGGCAGGACAAUUUUUCAGUUCAGUCUGAACCUACCAGGUCUAUCCCGAGUCAGAGGAUGGUUGAGCUUAAUCAGAAGUCUGUCUUGGAUAUGAUUAAAGAGUUCAGGAGGAAUUGGCACACUCUUUGUACCUCUGAGAGAACCACUGUAUGUGGUGCAGACUCCAUGCUCCUGGCAUUGCAGCUUUCCAUAGCAGAGAACAACAAACAGCAUAGUGGAGAAUUUACAGUUUCCCUCAGCGAUGUCUUAUUGACUUGGAAAUACUUUCUACAUGAGAAGUUGAACCUACCAUUUGAAAAUACAGAAGUGAUUGACCAUUAUGAGGACAUUAGGAGGACUUACGAUGAUUUCUUAAAGAAUAGUAAUAUGGUAGAUCUGAUUGAUGUUUAUAAAAAAUGUAGUGUUUUGAUUUCUAGUUGUGAAAAUAAUGCCAACAUAUCCCCUAGUCAGCUACGCGAUUUUCUUUCUGGGAGACAGUAUGUAGUAACUGAUGAAACUGAUCUUUAUGUACCAACAUCACCAAUGAGUAAACACAACCAGGAUAAUGAAAAGGUGCAGUUACUAGCAAGAAAAAUUAUCUACUCAUAUUUAAGCCUGCUUGUGAAUUCAAAGAAUGACCUGGCUCUGGCUCAUGUUCUCAAUAUUCCUGAUAGAGGACUUGGAAGAGAAGCCUUCACUGAUUUGAAACAUGCCGCUCAAGAGAAAAAGAUGUCUAUCUUUUUGGUGGCCACAUCAUUUAUUAGAACACUGGAGCUUGGAGGGAAGGGAUAUGCACCAUCACCAUCUGAUCCUUUAAGGGCACAUGUAAAAGGACUGUCUAAUUUUAUUAACUUCAUUGACAAUUUAGAUGAGAUUCUUGGAGAAGUACCAAAUCCAAGCAUUGCAGGGGGUCGGAUACUCUCAGUGAUAAAGAUGCAGCUGAUUAAAGGCCAAAACAGCAGGGAUCCUUUUUGUAAAGCAGUAGAGGAAGUCACUCAGGAUUUGGAUUUGAGGAUUAAAAAUAUUAUCAAUUCUCAACAAGGAGAUGUAGUUGUUAGUACCACUGACAUUAGUCCUGCACGGCCAAAAUCUUAUGCCAUAAACCAUGGGACUGCAUAUUGUGGCAGAGACACUGUGAAAACUUUACUAGUUCUUUUGGACGAAGAAGCAGCCAGUAUGCCUACCAAAAACAAAGCAGAGCUUUUAUAUGAUGAUGAAAACACAAUUCAUCAUAAUGGAGUUUCUAUUCUUACACUUUUUAGAUCUCCCACACAAGUGAAUAAUUCAUCCGUGAAAGCCCUAAGAGAACGCAUCCAUAACUCAAUGCAAGAGAAAAAAAUUAAGAUGAAACAAACCUUAAUUAGAUCCCAGUUUGCUUGUACUUAUAAAGAUGACUGCACAAUAAACAAGGAUAAAUGGAAUGAUGUUAAUUCAGCAUCCAAGCCUUUGUAUGUACUUCCCAUGGAAAAUGACCUUUCUGAAGGUGUAAAUUCAUCUGUUGGAAGGCCAGCAAUUGGAACAAGUUCUGGAAAUGUUCGUCUGGAUAGAAGUAAAAUUGAAAAAGUGGCAAGAAAAUCAAGUAGUCAGACAGGAAAUAAAAGCUCAAAAAGGAAACAGGUGGAUUUAGAUGAUAAAAAUAAUCUCUGUGAUAGUGGAAAUGAACCACCUCAACAUAAAAAUAUUAAGAUAUGUGAGACAUCAAACAAUUUCCAGAAUAAACCAUGUGGCAAAGUAGCCAGAGUAGCAAAAAACAACAAGUGUACAGCCAAGGACAAAUUGAUUACUGGCCAGACAAAGUUAACUCAAUUUUUUAGACUAUGAAUUUGGUUUUUAUGUGCUUUAGAUUUCUGUGUAUAUUAAACUAUUUGCCAAAGGCAUCUACUUAAUUUUUAAGAGAGCAAGGUAUAAGUUAUGAUUCUUUAUUAUGUUGGUCUGAAAUGUAUAUAAGGUAAGUUAAGCAUUUAAAAAAUACUAGUAAAUCAUUAUGCAGAAUAUUCACAAAGUUUAAUGCACA